AUGCCAUCUACCCAAGAUAUCGUCAUACGUCCAGUUCCCUUCGACCACCCAGAUAGCGUUCAACUCCGUACCACCCAACAAGCCGAGAUAACUGCUCAAUGGGGUCCAGAUUACUGUGAUCCACCAUCAGCUGCUGACGUUGCAGUCUUUCUUAUUGCAUAUCACGACGGCAAACCAGUAGGAUGCGGUGGCCUACGUCCUCUUUCUUCAGCUUCGGAAAAUGCACGCAAGAAUUCCGCUGAGAUAAAACGGAUGUUUGUUGCCCCAGCAUACCGGGGCCGAUUGGGCGGGCAUGACGGGGCACGCACUUCGGUUGCGCAGCUGAUACUUGAGCAGCUGGAAGGUGAAUCACGUAAAAGAGGAUUGCCGUGGUUGUUACUGGAGACAGGCGUCGAUAUGACAACGGCGAGGCGUUUUUAUGAGAGAUGCGGAUUCGCUCAGCGGGGGAUGUUUGGGAAAUAUUCGUUGGCUGAAGCGAGUGUUUGCUAUGAAAAGUGGCUUGGUGGUUCUGUGUCGUGA